AUGGCGCAGAGGGCUUUGCUCUGUCGUUGCUUGCGAGAUGACACGGUACAGAACAUUUUUUCGGUGUGUCCGGUGGCAUUCUUUCCUUGUUUGCGUACCUGUGAGAAUGCUCGUGUUCCUGUUCUGAGCCAAAAGAGAGGUGGAGACAACAAUGGAAAGCAGGGGAGGAUUGAGAGGGUGUCGAGGAAGGAUAUCAGAUCAUGUGUGGAGGGUUCGGAUAAUGAGGAAAUUGGUCGAGUUGUGGAGGUAUUUGACGAAUCAACUGCCACAAUUGUUAAGGUUCUGGAUAGAGACUACUAUUUGGUAUGUCAGACUGGAUGCCUGAAGGAGCCUUGCGUGCACAGAUCAAAUACCAGAGUGCUAAACCUAAUUGGGAAGGGAUCUGGACUGUGUCGGAGACCUGAUCGCCUUUCUGCUGUAAUACCUUCUAAAAAAGAUUUAGAGGCAACCGAGAGAGCUUUUAAGAGACGGAAUGUUAGUGCUAAGUGCAAAGAAAACAGAACGGAUGAAAAAUAUGUGCGUAAUUCAUUGAACAAUGUAUCUGAUGGAUAUUGCGCAUUGAGGCAAACCAAAAGAAGUGGUUCAGUUGGCUAUUUCCUUUCCACAAGUACAGAAUCUAGUGAUUCUCAUAGCGAUGCCUGUUCUGUUGGUAGUUGUAGUCUUAACGAUAGAAAAUUUUCUAACUGUUCUCCAGUACAAGUUUAUUGCCAAGGAACUGAGCUUCUUUGCAGUGAUGCAGAGUCUUUUCGAAAUUCAGCAGAUAAGGUGGAAAGACACUCUCUUUCUUCACCUGAGAAAAUAGCAGCAAGUAUUCAUAGUUUGGAGUUACAUGCUUAUCGCUCUACUUUGGAGGCAUUGUAUGCUUCCGGUCCCUUAAGUUGGGACCAAGAAGCAUUGUUAACAAAUCUUCGCAUCUCGCUCCAUGAUGAACAUGUAGCUGAGCUGAGUUGCGGACAUGUAAAUUUUAUAUUGUUAUUUUAUAUUGUUAGUUAUGUUGCGGACUCUCCAAAAUGAUGUCACACCAGUGUCGGAUCCUCCAAAAAUAGUAUUUUUGGAGGAUCCGACACGCACCCGGCAAAGUUUUCUGAGAGUUCGAGCAACAUAGAUUGUUAGUACCUUAAAUGUAUGAUGUAUUUUUCAUAAUGUUGACAUAUUGUGGAUUUG